AUGGAUGGUACACGAGCCAUGUAUCGAUCACUUGAGUGCUUCAUACUUGUUCUUUUACUAUUCAAUCGAGUAAUAUGUACAAUGUCUGUAAGUAGUCACUGGAAUUGGAAACUUCUUUUGAACAAUACGGGCGUUGUUGCUAUGCACAUGGCAGUGACUCACCACAACAACGUUGUCAUCUUCGACCAGACCGGGGCGGGCCCAUCACAUUACAGGCUCCACAGGUGUAAGACUCGUGGUUCAGGCUCGUCAUGCUAUGCUCACUCAGUAGAGUAUGAUGUAUUGAAGAAUAAAGUUCGGGCUCUGCAUCUUCCAUCUGACACUUGGUGUUCAUCGGGAUCAUUUUUAAGCAACGGAAGCCUACUUCAAACAGGUGGUAAUGGGUCGGGUGCAAGAAGAAUUAGAUAUUACAGGCCGUGUACUAAUAGCCGAUGCGAUUGGAUGGAACUAAAGAAGCAGUUGUCCAUCAGACGCUGGUAUGCAUCCAGUUUAUAUCUCCCACAGGAAAAUGGUGUUAUAGUUGUUGGUGGGCAACAAGCUUUUAGUUAUGAGUUUGUGCCGAACUUGGGCUCAAGUGAACAGUAUAAUCUUCCGUUUUUGCGCCAUACAUACGAGAAGAAGUCAAAAGGGAACAAUUUAUACCCCUUCUUACACUUAUUAACUGAUGGACAUCUGUUCAUAUUUGCCAACCGGGAUUCGAUUCUGCUAGAUUAUAACAGAUCGAAAGUUGUAAAAAAGUUCCCAAGGAUGCCAGGAAACGGGGGCCGUAGCUAUCCAAGCACCGGUUCUUCGGUAAUUCUUCCAUUAGACUAUAACGACAACUUCACUAAAGUUGAAGUCAUGGUUUGUGGUGGUGCGGCUCACGGAGCCUAUGGUGCAGCACGACGGGGUAAAUACUUGCGUGCUUUAAGAUCAUGUGGGAGAAUGGUCAUAACCGGAGAGCACCAUAGGUGGCAUAUGGAGAACAUGCCUGGACCACGGCUCAUGGGUGAUAUGCUGAUACUACCAACAGGAAACAUCUUAAUCAUCAAUGGUGCAAAACGGGGUUGUGCCGGAUGGAAUAGUGCAUCAUAUCCUGCUCUUGAACCUUACCUUUACCGACCUGAACACCCAUCAGGUCGGCGCUUCCAGGUUUUGAGGGCAACAAAAAUAGCCCGUUUGUACCAUUCAUCCGCCAUCUUAUUACCUGAUGGUAGGAUCUUGGUAGCUGGCGGGAACCCGAAUAACAGGUAUAUUUCACAUGGGGUGGCUCACCCAACCGAGCUUAGGCUCCAAGCUCUUGUCCCGGAUUACAUGAGCAACCGGCUUGACCAUCUACGACCAGAAAACGUGUCUGUUACCUACCCACAACGUAUAGAUGGUGUAGCGCUUGGGGAUACUUUCAGUGUUAGUUUUUGGCUAGGGGCUGAGUUGGGAAAUUUAACUGUAGUGGUCUAUGCACCACCGUUUACAACACACUCGUUAUCAAUGAACCAAAGAAUGGUGAGACUCGAGUGUUUGAGUUCAGUGAUGGGCGGUCCGGGUCUAGUUGCGGCAACAGUGGUGGCUCCUCCUUCGAUUUAUGUUACACCACCGGGGUAUUAUAUGUUAACAGUGCUUAAUGAUGGGAUUCCAAGUCGAUCUUCUUGGAUUAGGAUCAUGUAG